AUGGCUUUUAAAUACCCUAUCACCCCUUCUCUGAACCAGAAGCGCCUCAUUUUCUCCUAUGCUCCAGACUGGAUUCUGACCAUCGUACUGGGUGCGAUAUUCUUGUCUCUUGACAAAGUGGAUGGAUUUCGGAGGAUGUUUUCGUUGGAGGACCCAUCGAUUCGAUACCCUUUCGCCAAACAUGUUCGGGUUCCUAAUGUCCCCCUAUAUCUCAUCUCUAUCCUUGCUCCUCUGUGUGCCAUGGUCAUCACCAAUUUUCUCACCAUUAGGACUUGGUGGGACCUGCACAACAGUACCCUCGGUUUGCUAUUAUCCCAUGCCUUGACUGGCACGUUCACGCAGGUUGUGAAAGUCACGGUUGGGCGACCGCGACCAGAUUUCAUCGACAGAUGCCAACCCCCUGCAGGUCUAACCGACCCUCCGUAUGGCCUCACAAGUUGGACUGUAUGUACCCAAACGAAUCCCAAGAUUCUGCGUGAUGGAUUCAGAAGCUUUUUCUCGGGCCAUUCAAGUUCUUCUUUUGCCGGCCUCGGUUUCCUAGCUUUCUACCUGGCAGGAAAGCUUCAUCUGUUCGACAGCAGGGGACAUGCAGGAAAAGCCUGGCUGUCUCUCUCGCCAUUCAUGGCAGCUGCGCUCGUCGGCAUCUCUCGUGCGAUGGAUAAUCGGCACCACUGGCACGACAUUGCCGUCGGCUCUGCCAUCGGCACCCUCUUCGCCUACUUUUCCUACCGACAGUACUACCCCUCGCUCUCUUCUCCCGUCUCUCACUUCCCAUACUCCCCUCGUAUCAAGCUCGAUGACGACGCGGCGCAGACGCUCCCAACGCAUGCCAAUGAUUCCACCGUAUACCCAUUCACUUACCCAUUCACUGCUCGUCCUUCGUCCUCGCAGGGCCACGACGAUUCAAGCGGACCGGGACGUUACCCUCAUACGAACAAUACCAGCGGGCGUUUCGACGUGAAUGAUACCACCCAGAUUCCCGGCACCGUGCCACGACCAGGCCCCAACUCGCUCCAGGCCGUGUGGAACGAAGGCGGCGAGACCGUGGAUCGAAGUAGAGGCAUGGACCACGAUUCUGCGUACGGCGGGAUAUCGGAAUCGCAUAACCCUCGGGUGUAG